AUGGUUAACUCUUGUUCUGGCUCUGUCUGCUCUGAUCAGGGUGGUGACCAAGGCCUCUGCCAGGAGACUUGUUGUCAGCCCAGCUGCUGCCAGACCAGCUGCUGCCACCCUACCUGCUGCCAGACCACCUGCUGCAGGACCACUUGCUGCCGCCCCAGCUGCUGUGGGUUCAGCUGCUGCAGGCCCAGCUGCUGUAGGCCCAGCUGCUGCAGGCCCAGCUGCUGUAGGCCCAGCUGCUGCAGGCCCUGCUGUGUGUCCAGCUGUUGCCGCCCCAGCUGCUGUGGGUCCAGCUGCUGCCGCCCUACCUGCUGCCAGACCACCUGCUGUAGGACCACUUGCUGCCGCCCCAGCUGCUGUGGGUCCAGCUGCUGCAGGCCCAGCUGCUGUAGGCCCAGCUGCUGUGUGUCCAGCUGCUGCAGGCCCUGCUGUGUGUCCAGCUGUUGCCGCCCCACCUGCUGCCAGACCACCUGCUGUAGAACUACCUGCUGCCGCCCCAGCUGCUGUGGCAGUUCUUGUUGCUGUGGCUGCUGCCAGCCCAGGUGCUGCCAGACCACCUGCUGCAGGACCACCUGCUGCCGCCCAAGCUGCUACACCACCUGCUGUAGGACAACCUGCUGCCACCCCAGCUGCUGUGGCUCCAGCUGCUGCAGCUCCUGCUGUGGUGGCUCCAGUGGAUGUGGAAGCUCCAGUGGCUGUGGGUCCAGCUGCUGCCACCCCACCUGCCUCCAGACCACCUGCUGCAGGACCACCUGCUGCCGCCCCUGCUGCUGCUAG